UCCAAUGCCGAGUGGGCCAGUGGAUCAGUGACAACAACGUGACAUAACCUGGAAAAAAGCAUCGAUUGAUGGGCGGUUUGCUGUGCUCUCGACAGUAUAGCAAAAGUAGGCAACAUUCAGUCCUCACCAGGAAACACGACGAGCCAGAGCACGAUGAAGGAGCCCGACGUGGAUCCGAAGAACAUAAUCAAAAGUAGAGAACUGCUCUACAGGCUGAUGAUCAGUCAACUGUUCUACGACGGUCACCAGACGUUAGCUGUGCAACUGUCCAACAUGAUACAAGCGGAACCACCCUGUCCACCAUCAGAUCGGCUGCUCCAUUUGAUGCUGAUCGGUGCUGCUCAUGAGCCAGAUCGUUCCAAGAAAGACAAUAACAACAGCGUGUCCACGUUUGCCAGCAGCUUCGACAACACCUUAGGACCUGGACUGGACUUGGAAUUUGAGACUGAGGCGCAGACUCAGGCUCCAGAGCCAGCACAGUAUGAGACAGCGUAUGUCACAUCACACAAGGGGAACUGCAGAGCAGGAGCUUUCUCAGCGGAUGGCCAAUUGAUAGCCACUGGCUCAGUGGAUGCUUCCAUCAAGAUUCUGGAUGUGGAUAGAAUGCUCGCCAAGUCUGCACCAGACGAGAUGGCACCUGGUGACCAAACAGGUGGACAUCCAGUCAUAAGGACUCUGUACGAUCAUUUGGAGGAAGUGACAUGCUUGGAGUUUCAUCCCAGGGAACCUAUACUCGUGUCGGGCAGUCGCGACUUCUCCGUGAAACUGUUCGAUUUUAGCAAAGCCAGUGUGAAAAAGGCGUUCAGGACGAUCACGGACGCCGACCAAAUUCGCUGCCUAUCCUUCCAUCCGACCGGCGACUUCCUUAUAGUGGGCACCAAUCAUCCAGUAGUUCGACUAUACGACGUGAAUACCGCGCAGUGCUUUGUUUGUAGCAUACCAUCCCACCAGCACACAGCCGGGAUCACAAGCAUUAAGUACUCGCCGGACGCGAAAACUUACGCCUCGGCCGGUAAAGAUGGAAGCAUCAAGCUUUGGGACGGCGUGUCAAAUCGAUGCAUAAAUACCUUCGUGAAGGCGCACGACGGUUACGAGGUGUGCUCGGUGACCUUCACACGGAACGGCAAGUAUUUACUGUCUUCAGGGAAAGAUUCCUUGAUAAAGUUGUGGGAAUUGUCUACUAGCAGAUGUUUAAUAGCAUAUACAGGCGCCGGGACUACAGGUAAACAAGAGCAUAAGGCACAGGCCAUCUUUAAUCAUACGGAGGAUUACGUAAUGUUCCCCGACGAAGCCACGACUUCCCUAUGCGCUUGGAAUUCACGGAAUGCGUCGAGGAAGCAGCUAUUGUCAUUGGGUCACAACGGCCCCGUGAGGCUGAUCGUUCAUUCGCCGACUGCACCUGCGUUUCUAACAUGCAGUGAUGAUUUCAGAGCGAGAUUCUGGUUCCGAAGAAUGCCGACUCACUAAUUAAACGUUGUUAAAGUCAAAGGAAGUCGUAGGGAGUUACAUGAAGUUACUUCCGAUAAUUUCUACUUUGCGAAAAUACGGGUGACGUUGGCGACACGUUUAAGAUCGGGUACAUGCGUUGCGGGUGUAAUUCUGAAAAAGAGAAAUAGGUAUUUAGGCAUUUUGUAUAGUUAUUUAUAUGGUCUUACGGUUUAUUUAAAUCCUAAGCGACGAACCUCCUCGUACGUUUCAGUUAUGCCAGUUACGUCAAGCUAAUAAUAUAUAAACGCUACUUAGUAAUUCCAACAGUCACACGUUUCAUAAUGUGCAAGCAAGAAAGAACAAAUUCACCUUCGUUCUGUGACAGCGUAUAUAAAAGCGCUUCCAAUUCAGGUAAGUACAUGACGAAAGUAGUUAGUCGACAUCAGGUCCAAUGCAAGCGACAUGCGUCCACGAGAAGAAUUUUCUAAGUCACGAUUGCUUCUUUAUACGAUGAAAAAAAAGUUGCGGACAUUAAUAGUUUUGAGAUACGUUUAGAUUAAUAUUGUCGUCAAACUCGAGCGUGUGAAAUUCUAAUAGUUUCAAUCUAGUGCAGUGCUAUUGUGUGAUAUACUUGUAUUUUUUAUUAUUGUAAAAAGAACAUUAUUUAUACACGUAUCUACGACGACAAGUUAAUGUGAUUCUGCGCGAUCUGAGGUACAUCAGAUAAUUAUGCGCGAUAUUAUUUUUCAUGUAAAUAGAGGUAGGAAGAGAGUGUAGUCUUUGCUUCCACUCAUUUCAUA